AUGGCGUAUUGGCUAUCAAAUACUUUCUGUGUUGUUGUUUUUGCUUCAAAGGACUUUGAAAGCUACUGGUGGGAAACCACAGCUCCAACGUUCAUUCUUUGGGAGGAUGACUCAAGAUUUCGAUCAUCCUUUCUUCUGCCAACCUUUAUUUCUUACGGGCUUGAAGUGAACCAAGUUGAGGCCAAAUAUCCAACUUUGCUUUUCAAGCAGCAGCUCACUACUUAUGUGGAGAAGAUAUAUGGUGUAGUUCGAGACAAUUCGAAGAAGGACUUGUCCCCGCUUCUUUCUUCUGCAUCCGGUAACAAUCAUAUGAUUGUUCGAAGGGCUGUUGGCAAUUCCAAGAGCCAAGGGAACUUGUUGAAGAGAUCACUCCACAGUAAUGCAGAGAAGUUUUGA